UCAGCAGUCUCUGGUCAUCCCCUGCACUGUCUGCAGUCUCUAGUCAUCCCCUAUACUGUCUGCAGUCUCUGGUUAUUCCCUGCACUGUCUGCAGUCUCUGGUCAUCUGUACUGUGUCCCUGUAUUUCUCUUUUUAGCGCUGCAUCUUCUGAUUUAUACUGGUAUUUUCCCUGUACUAUGUCCACAGUCUCUGGUCAUCUCCUGUAAUAUGUCCGCAAUCUCUGGUCAUCUCCUGUACUGUGUCCGCAGUCUCUGAUCAUCUCCUGUACUGUGUCCGCAGUCUCUGGUCAUCUCCUGUAGUAUGUCCGCAGUCUCUGGUCAUCUCCUGUAGUAUGUCCGCAGUCUCUGGUCAUCUCCUGUAGUGUGUCCGCAGUCUCUGGUCAUCUCCUGUACUGUGUCCGCAGUCUCUGGUCAUCCCCUGUAGUAUGUCUGCAGUC